AAAUCGCGCGAAAACGAGCCCCACCUGACAAGGGGGUAACAGGCUCCCGGGGAAAAUAGAAAAGGGUUUCAAAGAGAAUGUCUAAGCCCAAAACAAACAGCAUUCCCUCUCUCUAAACCUCCCUACUCUCUCUCACUCCCGUGUCCUCUCCCUCGACUCUGCUCUUCCCUCUCCCCGAUUAUUGUAUUCUCUCCCAAACGAGAAUUACUUUCUAAGUCUGAUCAUCUUCGACAUUCUUCAUCUUCUUCAGCAAGGCACAAUUGUUCUCUCGAUGGCCUCAGCGAAGAGGUACCAUAAGGAAAAAAUGGCUCGUCGGAAAGAAGAGAAACAGGACGAACCAGAAUUGCCCAAAUACCGUGACCGUGCAAAGGAACGUAGAGAAGACCAAAACCCUGAUUAUGAGCCUACAGAAUUGGGAUCUUUCCAUGCAGUUGCUCCUCCUGGCACUGUCGAUCUCAGGAUAGCUGAUGCACAUAAAAUAUCCAUUGAAAAUAGCAAGUACCUUGGAGGUGAUUUGGAACAUACACAUUUGGUGAAAGGCCUGGACUAUGCAUUGCUUCACAAAGUUAGGAGUGAGAUUGAUAAGAAACCAGAGCAAGAAGAGGAAGUGGAUGGCAAGACGAGAGGAUCCAAGGAUGAUCAACCCCUGUCAUUUCGUACCGCUACAGCAAAGUCUGUCUAUGAGUGGAUUGUUAAGCCCCAAACCGUUGUUAAGACCAAUGAGAUGUUCCUUCCUGGUCGAAUGGCAUUUGUCUUUGACAUGGAAGAGGACUAUGCUCAUGAUAUUCCUACUACUGUUCACAGAAGCAAAGCUGAUUGUCCUGUACCACAGGAAAUGGUCACUGUAAGUGUUGAUGGAUCUGUACUUGAUCGAAUUGCUAAAAUUAUGUCAUACCUUCGGCUGGGUUCAUCUGGGAAGGUUUUAAAGAAAAAGAAAAAAGAUCGGAGCGAAGUAAAAGGGAAGAUUUCUGCUGUUGGCCAUGAGGAUGAUGAAGAUGAGAAAGCAUUGCGACCUGCUGAUGGCAUUGCAAAACAUCAAGUUUACAAAGAGAUGGGUGUCCCUCAACCUUCAAAUGGAAAUCAUCGCGAUGAAAAGAAUAAACAGGGAAACCCUGUGAAUAGAGCUGGUGCAGAUGACAUAUUUGUGGGGGAUGGCACGGAUUAUACUGUCGGUGCUAAAGAUUUAAGCCAGAGUCCCAUUUCCGAAGACAUGGAAGAGUCUCCUCGUAACAGGGAAAGACCAUCCUAUUUCAGCGACCCUGUUUAUGGCCCUGCGCCACCAACUGAGCUGGUCCCUGAUUGGCAACAAACAAAUGGAUAUGAUACUGUGCAUGGACCUGUAAUGCCUACUACCUACCAAGGAGAAUGGCAAGAUUAUCAAUAUGCUGAGCAGAUGGCCUAUCCCGAUCAAUACAUCCAGCAUAAUGUGAAUGAUUAUGAGCCAGAGGCAGGUGUAACUGUGCCGCUGGAUCCUCGAUUUAUGACCCAAGAAGACAAGGAUCGGGGUUUAGGAUCGGUCUUCAAGCGUGAUGACCAGAGGCUUCAGCAGCUGAGGGAGAAGGAUGCCCGAGAGAAGGAUCCAAAUUUUAUUUCUGAAAGUUACUCUGAGUGUUAUCCUGGAUAUCAGGAAUAUAACCGUGAGGUUGUCUUCAGUGACGACGAAGAUGAUUUGUCUAAAAUGGAUAUGGGUGGGCGGGCCAAGGGUCGGCUUCAUCGGUGGGACUUCGAGACAGAAGAAGAAUGGGCGACUUACAAUGAGCAAAAGGAAGCAAUGCCCAAGGCUGCUUUUCAAUUUGGCGUGAAGAUGCAAGAUGGGCGCAAGACUAGAAAGCAGAACAAAGACCAGAAGCUUACCAAUGAGCUUCAUAAGAUCAACAAGAUCCUUGCUCGGAAGAAGGCCGAGAAGGGAGAGACCUUUGAUGAUGGUGGGCAGUAUGAUGAUGAUGCACAACCAGGGAAGAAGCUUCGGAUAUGAUGCCCUCCAUUAAUUAAUUUCUCAGCCUUAAGCUAAAGCAUUCCAACAAUAUGUAGGACUUGAAGUUCGGGGUGGGAUUAAGGAGAGAGGUGGUCUUCAAAACUAUCUGACUAUAAUGGCUCUUCAGUGAAGCAUUCUGAUCCUCUCAAGGCGACAUGAUUACUGCUAGCCUUAUUGUAAUAUUGGGGGUCCCAUGCCCUCAUCUGCAAGCUCAUGAAGAAAACCAAGUUCUAGUUUUUGUACCUUCGCAUCAAAUUUUUGAACAGCUGUUGAGGUGGAAAAGUCUCCAUGAAACUUAUUUACGAGCAAAUUCAUAAUAUAUAUUUAUGUUAAAUUGCUCUCUC